AUGCCUUCCAACGAGUCCACCCACCUCUCUUCUGAGAACACUCUCAUCGAACAAACGCCCUCCACCGACCCCUCCAUUCCUUCGACCCCCGAGAUGUCCAUAGUAGAAGAACGGUCCGUACCAUGGGACACAGACGAAGAACAAGCAGCGCGGGAAGCGGAAGAGGGAUUCAGCGAGUAUCUGGAAGGACUGGACGAGGAUGAACAACGACAGGAUGAGAUGAUCAGACUACUCACGGAGGACUUCGAUAGACCUUCACCUUCCCACUCUCCCUCUCCACCACCCCUUAUCCACACACCAAGCGAGGGGAUCGUAUUUCCCGACAGAGAAACGUAUCUGACGACUCCCGUUGCCUACAUGAUGGGGCUUAUCGAAGGCACGCCGAACACCGAAUUUGUAUCGGGACCAACUAGACCGGAAAUUCAGAGGGCGUUGGAGAUCCUGGAAGAAGAAAGGAGCUUCGUCCGACACACACAACGAGCCUUACAGAUCAGAGAGGGAACGCUCAUCGCCCGCAUUAAUGCAGGCGAGAGGAAGCUCAUAGGUCUAGACCAGACAACGCCCCUUCGGGACACCUUUCAUCCCACCGAUGACAUCACCCCUGUCACCGAAUAUCACAUGCCGACCACGGCUGUGGUAUCUCGUGCCUCGUCUUCGGCCUCAAAUAGAGCGCCACUUCGCCCAAUGCCGGGGGCUUACCCCAUGGAACGCGGCAGAGGAAGGGAUGUCUAUAGUCCCCGCAUGGUUGGUAACGAGGUGGGGUAUCAUGACGUCCGUACUCAAGGGCUAUCGCGUCAUGACUCGACUGUGGGCAGCGAGAAUGACCUUUCUCCCGACUAUACCUCGCGUUCCUGUUCCACUGAUACUUGUAUACUCAUAGAAAACAUCAGCCUCUAUACUAUCAAGAGUUUUCUUAGACAAAAUUCAAGAUUUUUAGGGUCUGAUAAUAUCUUGUUAGCAAUUCUAAUUAUCAGCAAUUAUCAGAUAUUGUUGGGCCCUGGGCUGGGUUGUAGACUUAAAGAUUUCUGGCAAAUGUCGACAAUUGUUGAGUAUCUGGGCAGAGUUUUUGAUGGGCUAAAAAUUAGAAUUGCCAAGAUUUUGUUGAAAACAGGUGAUAUUGAGGUAAAAGUUUUGAUUUUUGUCCGGGUUGGUUCCUCAUACUGCACUGACCCUGCGAUCUACGCCGACGGCGACAAGAGGCUCCUGGAGUUCAUCAACGCGCGCGAGAACGCGUCCGCCGCAUCCGGUCGCUUCGACUACGGAAAACUCGAAUAUCCUUUUGCGCUCUCUCCCAUUGCCCCUGACAGCGCGACGAAAAACGACACGCUCCCUCCCGGGCGAUUUCACCAGGACUCGUUCAACGGGAACGCGAACCUCAUAUCGUUCUACGUCGGCACCCUCGUUCCAGACUUCUUCCAGGCACCGACCUCUUUCUUCUUCCACUUGGACAAUUCGACGCUCAAUGACGACGCAGCGAUGAACCUAGAGGCGAUCCUCCUGGCCUUGCUAUCUCACCGGUGA